ACCACAGGCGGCUGCUGCACAAAGGAAGACGGAAAGAGGGACAGUAGAUGAAUGAAAAUUAAAAUUUAAGAAAAAUUCUUCAAGCUCACAUUCGGCUCUCCUGAAAUAUUUUAAACUAAGUGCAGUUUUUUUUUCUUUUAAAGUUUUAUAUUUAUAUUUUUAAUUGAAGAGGGCCCUUUGUGUAAAAAAAAAAAAAAAAAAAAGUAAAAAUGACGAGUCUGCUGUGCAUCACAAUUAUCUCCCUGGCCCUGACUGCCUGUGCAAACAGUCAGGAGACGAGCACUCCCCCACUGCCAACAGUUAGGGUUAAAGCUGAACUUGGUGGCAAUGUCACCCUGCCCUGCUGGCUCCUGUCCAGGGACUCCAUGUCCUUUGGUGGUGUUGGCAUGCGAGUCAAAUGGACCAAGGUGGCGGAUGAUGAAGCAAUGAAUGAGGAUGUGCUGCUUUCAAUGGGAUUCCACAAGAAGACCUACGGAAGCUUCGAGAACCGCGUCUUUAUGCAGGAGCAAGAAAAUGAAGAUGCCUCCUUGGUGAUGACUGACGUUUCCAAGGAUGACAUGGGAAAAUACCGCUGUGAGAUCAUCAACGGGUUUGAAGACACUGUCCACGAGAUUAUCUUGGAAGUGGAGGGUGAUCUCACUGACGGUGUUGUGUUCCCAUACUUCACAAGUAGGGGCCGCUACAGCAUGACCUUCCAAGAGGCCGGGCAGGCCUGUUUGGACCAGAAUGCCACGGUCGCCACCUACGAUCAGCUGUUUGAGGCCUGGAAAGGUGGCCUUGAUUGGUGCAAUGCUGGCUGGCUGAAUGAUAGCACAGUGCAGUAUCCCAUCACCAACCCCAGAGCACCUUGUGGUGGCACCAACAGUGGUCCUGGCGUCAGGAACUAUGGCCGUCGUGACAAACAGAGCCUCUUUGACGUGUUCUGCUUUGCCUCUGCACACAAGGGACAUUUCUACUGGCUGGUCCAACCCGACAGGCUGACCUUUGACGAGGCUGUGCAGGCUUGCUUGGACGACGGUGCAGAGAUCGCCAAGGUGGGGCAAAUCUACGCCGCCUGGAAGCUUGAGGGCUACGAUCGUUGCGAUGCCGGCUGGUUGGCCGAUGGAAGUGUCCGCUACCCCAUCUCCAGGCCCCGCAAGAACUGCAGCCCAACCGAAGCUGCGGUGCGCUUUGUCGGAUUCCCCGACAAAAUGCAAAAGUCUUACGGCGUCUACUGCUUCAAGGAGCAGUGAGGCGGUAGAUAAGAGUAGGGAAGCCAUAACUACCAAAGAGCAGCAACAACCACAACCAGUCAAAUUAACAAUAAAUCAUACAGCUUUGGGUCUUAUCUAGCAUGAACUCAAUACCCUUCUGAAACUGUGAUAACCCCUUUUUAACGCCUAAAGAAAAAAUCAAAUACUGUACAUCUUACAUCCAUAUGCAAUGAAUGACAGCAUAUUUUGUAGCCAUUAAGUUUUGUUUUCUUCAGUUGUGCAUUCGUUAAUUUUACAUAGACUGUUGGGGAAACAGGCAACAGAGUUAAUGUAUGAGUGACGUGACAGAGACAAGAACUUGAAGGUCGUGAGACACCGUCUAAGUUCGGUUUGUCCUCCACAGAAUGAUCAGAUGUGUGACGUUCAGGAUUUUGAACAGUCAUGCUCAUGCGCAGAUGAUAUUUGCUGCUUUACAAUGUAUCUUAAGAACAAAAUCAUCACGUAUGCAUUUAUCAAGUAUCACAUCAAUGGAAGAACUUUGAUUACAGUGUCAUAAACAUAACUUGGCUACCAGCGUUGAGCCACAGAUGUAUGCAUGUCAUAUUGCAGUAAGUAUUCACCUAGUUCCCACUCCAACCAGGGAUGAAGCUCCUUUUCACGUCAUUUCCAGAGAGGUGUUUAGGAGCUGAGAUCAAAUUUACUGUUUAACAAGAAAAUGAAUGUAAUUGUUUUGAUGGACUGUGACCUACUCUGCAUUGAUAACUCCCACUAGAUCACCUCUUCAUUUUUACUAUUGUCAACUUUCGUUUGUUUUAACAAAAUGUUUUAUGUUGUUCUUUUUAUUUUUUUUUUAUUUUUUAUUUUUUUACCUUUUUAAUGAUAUUUGUCACUAUAGUUUACAUGUUGAUAGUCUUCUAGAGAAAAGAAGAAAUAAAUGCAAAUUCUAGAUUUUAGACAUCUUGGCACAUUAAAACAUUUCAGCAAGACGGUGAAUGCAGAAUAAGUAAAGAUUUCCCCCUUUGCCCUGAUGAUAACCUUUUACCAGAACAUAAUCCUGACUGUAUAACAGUUGUAGCAAUUCCUUAUCAUAGAUAUCUAAUGUUACAGUAGUUAUGAGUACAUCUAAACAAUGUAUGGGCUGAAAUCUGCUUAGAGUGCAGUGUCACAAAUUCUUACUGAGGUUAUCUGUUGUAAAUGGUACAUUUCCACUGACAUUUCCAUUGAUGCUCACUUAUGCUCCUGAAUAAGGAUUCAGUGACAGUCAUACUGCAGGGACUUGGUCUGAAAAUGUGUUUAUGAAUACCAGCAAAACCAAACAACAACAAAAAAGUCCAAGUUGCCUAUGGACUACAGUGAGCAUGUGUUUUCAGAGUCAGAGCCAUAAAACAGAGUCCUUUCUAGACAUCAGAUUAAAAAAAAAAAAA